AUGAUUCGUCGGGAUGCCAAGGUCGUCCGACAGGCAAAGUUGCAUCGAACUCCUACGAAAGAAUCCUACGAGGGACCCGGGAGCGCAUCCCAGGAGGGUAACAUUCUAGAAUAUCCGUGUGGUGCACACGCUCCCACCUGGGCUGAGGGGGACGGAGGCGCCCAUGAGCCAAUCCGCAGGGUUCGGCGUGUCCAAGAAAAGGCAAGAGGGAAAGCAGAAACUGGGAAGGCCGGUGAAUGCCGUGUGGGACAGAGUUUCGGGAUCCGCCCAACGCCUUCGGUUCUGACAUUCACAUCUCGGGGAGCCGAGGGCCUUUGCGUGGGGGAAGAGGCACUGUCACACAAUCCCUUUACGUUCUGGAGUCUGGAGUCUGGGGUCUGGGGUCCCACGGGGGGCCACGGUGGUGGUGCCUCGAAUCUUGGUCGAGCCUGUCUCGUAGCAGCGAGCCGUGAGCCCGCCGUCCUCGAACCCGACACGACCUUUUGGGUCUCCAUCGGGCUGAACCGAUGGAAAGGCCCAGUGAUCCAAUGGAACCCAUCUGAUAGUUCCGCCCCUGGUUCGGGUCUAACCGAAGAGGAGUUCCUCUCGUUCCUGAUUCGACCAGAGUCAGCGGGAAAAGUGGAGCUCCAAGCCGGGGGAAGAGAGGGGAAAGUGGAAAGUUACACCAGGACUGGGCCGCGUAGGAUCUCACGGAAGAUGGACCGCCCAGAAAGGCUUGAGCGGGAGGAGGAGCCAGUGCCGAGGACAAAGGAAGUCAUCCAGUCUUCGAUCCAAUUUCCCUUUGGAGUAAUAGUCAUGGGCUUGGGCCGCCUUCUCCCAUUCCCCGGGCUUCUGGGCGCGGCUGGAAGAUCCCACGGAACCAAGGAACCAAGGAACGUGUCUGGGUCAUGGAUGAUGAAUGUCUCGCUUAGAGAAGCUGCUUGGAAGUCCGGUCUGCAACACUAG